UCUUGACAGCACCUGCAGAGAUCCUUGGAGGAGGCACGGUACCUCAGUUUGCCAUGAAGGUGCUGGGUGUGGAGUUCGCGCCGCUGAACGUGCCGCUCAAGCGACGGCUGGAGACGGCGGGUGUGCUCUUCCUCGUGGUGUCCUUCGUGUUCGGAGGGUUCUUCUGGAGCGCUGUGUUUGCCUACGUCUUCUUCUACACGAACUACUACUGGAUACCGCUGCUAUACGCCAUCUGGUACCUGUACGACCGCGACACGCCUAAGCGUGGGGGCCGCCAGAGUCAAUGGGUGCGCGAGGGGCGGCUCCACAAGUAUGCCGGGGACUACUACCCGGUAAAGCUGGUCAAGACGAGCGAUCUGACUCCGGCUAGGAACUACAUCCUGGGAUACCACCCGCAUGGCAUCAUGUGCAUGGGUGCCAUGUGCAACUUCGGUACCGAGGCCUCCGGUAUCUCCGACCUCUUUCCGGGCAUACGCGUGCACGUCCUCACCUUGAACGUCAACUUCAUGUUCCCGGUUCAAAGGGAAUUGCUGAUGCUUUACGGUCUGUGUUCCGUCGACAGAGAGAGCCUCAACUGGAUCUUGACUAAGCAGGGAACGGGCAACGCCGCCGUCAUCGCGGUGGGAGGGGCCCAGGAAUCGCUCGAUGCGCACAAGGACAGCUACAUCAUCACUCUCAAGAACCGGAAGGGGUUCAUCCGAUGUGCUCUCAAGAGCGGCGCCGACUUGGUUCCUGUUUUCUCGUUCGGCGAGAACAACAUCUUCUACCAGCUGAAGAACCCGCGGGGCUCCUGGCUGCGAUGGCUGCAGGAGAAACUCAAGAGCAUCACGGGAGUCGCCCCGCCUAUCUUUUACGGGAGAGGAGUGCUGCAGUACACGUGGGGAUACAUGCCGUUUAGGGAGAAGAUCGUUAGUGUCGUGGGCAAGCCUAUUCAUGUGGAGAAGAACGAAAACCCCACAGAUGAGGAAGUGGACCUGCUGCACGAAAAAUACAUGGCAUCUCUGAGGCAGUUAUUCGAGGACCACAAAGGACAAUAUGCUUCCAAACAAUGCACUCUCACAAUCGUGUGAUUAAGCUGCAGUCUAUAGGUCAUUGUAAUAAUUCAGCCGCAACACAUCGUCACCACGAAGACAGGGAAGACAUGCGACCGCGCCAAGUACGGCAAGCGCGCUUGAAUACGUAGGUUACAAGACCGGUUAUAUCUGUUCUAGUCACUACAAACGUUCACCAAGCUGCGAUCGACGUCCGUUCUCAUUUUGCAGUUCAUCAGACGGAUUCCUUUGCAGCAUUAAAAUGCCAAGAGUGUCCACAAGAUUUUUUUUUUGUGGGGAUGGCUGCUUAUAUUAACACUGUUCUCUGCGUUUCACACCUGGCACAAAGGCUGUCAAUGACGCUAUCGGCUAUAGCGACUCGCACGAAACACUUUAUAAGGUAGGCCUCCAUUAGGCAGAUCAAGAUUAUAAUACAGGCAAUUUAAAAUCACAUAAUAAACGCACGCAAGGAUAGAUCCCUUGGAACACGAUAAAAUUAUUUUCGUACAUGGGUAAGGUUUAACUGAAUCUAAAGCAGCUUACAGUGGGUGUCUCCGGUAUACUAUAGUGCAACACAGUUCUAUUGAGGCUGAUAAGCAGAAAUCUCGCUAUCGACGCUUGGAUUUCUACUGGAAGUAAUUCUGCUUUAUUGGGUUGGAACGCAGGGAUACAGUUUGCUAGUGUCGAAUCAUCAUCACGCAACAGCAGCUAAGUCACUGCCACAUUUACCAAGUACCCGAAAAAAAGUUAUAAAAUACCAUUGCCUGAGUCAUCAUGCUAGAAAGAAGCCAUUUUAACCAGAAAACAGUGCAGGAACACACAAAAGAGAGAUGCUCGCGUUUUCUUGUUCAAAUGUAACGGCAAGCUGAAGAAAGAGGCAUGUGUACGAAA